GCCGAGGGUCUGUGGCGUGCGUGGUGACGUAACGCCUCCCAGCAUGCAGUGCUCGAGUGAAAAUGGCGGAAGGCGGAGCGGCGGAUGUGGAGACGCAAAGAGGAGAGAUCGCGACGCUCCUGAAGACGCCGCUGCGCAGAGCCGACACUUGGUAUUUAGUUGACAGUCAUUGGUUUAAGCAGUGGAAGAAAUAUGUGGGCUUUGACAGCUGGGACAAAUAUCAGAUGGGCGAUCAGAACGUCUAUCCCGGUCCGGUGGAUAACUCCGGCCUGCUUAAAGAUGAAGAUGUGUUGGGCAUUAAGGAACAUCUCAUCGAUGAGCUGGAUUACAUACUGGUGCCCACCGAGGGCUGGAAUAAGUUAGUCAGCUGGUACGGCCUAAAAGAUGGACAGGAACCUAUCGCUCGAAAGGUGGUGGAGCAGGGGAUGUUUGUCAAACACUGUAAGGUUGAAGUCUACCUCACCGAACUGAAACUAUGUGAAGACAGCAACAUGGACAACGUCAUCACCAGAAGAUUCAGCAAAGCGGACACCAUCGACUCCAUCGAACGAGAGAUGCGGAAAUUAUUCAGUAUUCCUGACGAGAAGGAAAUCAGAUUGUGGAACAAAUAUAUGAGCAACACAUUUGAACCCCUAAAUAAACCUGACAGCACAAUUCAGGACGCUGGGCUUUACCAGGGACAGGUCCUUGUUAUCGAGCAGAAGAAUGAAGACGGCUCGUGGCCUCGAGGUUCCUCCUCGCUUAAGUCAUCUGGCGCUUCCAAUCUCUCUGCUUUACCAAAGAUCUGCCCUUCAUCUCUCACAAACAGUCAUAACAGCAGCUUCAGCGGCCGCAACAUGAAGAACUCCAGCUACAGCCUGUCGUCCUACUCGUCGUACAGCAGCUACGAUUACUGCGAUCAGGGCAACCGAAGCGAGAAAGCCGGACUCUGUGGACUCUCCAACCUGGGCAACACCUGCUUCAUGAACUCUGCCAUACAGUGUCUGAGUAAUAUUCCUCCGCUGACGGACUUCUUCCUGAAAGAUCGCUACCAGGACGAGCUGAACGAGGACAAUCCUUUAGGCAUGAAGGGCGAGAUCGCCAAAGCCUACGCUGAGCUCACCAAGCAGCUCUGGUCAGGGAAAUACAGUUACGUCACACCCAGACCCUUUAAGACUCAGGUGGGUCGGUUUGCUCCUCAGUUUUCGGGUUAUCAGCAGCAGGACUCUCACGAGCUGCUGGCCUUCCUGCUGGACGGACUUCACGAAGAUCUGAACCGCAUCAGGAAGAAGCCGUACAUUCAGAUGAAAGACGCCGACGGCAGGCCCGACAAGGUGGUCGCAGAAGAAGCCUGGCAGAACCACAUCAAGCGAAACGACUCCAUCAUCGUAGAUAUUUUUCAUGGCCUUUUCAAGUCCACGCUGGUCUGCCCCGUGUGCUCCAAGAUCUCUGUGACCUUUGACCCCUUCUGUUAUCUGACUCUUCCUCUGCCGAUGAAGAAGGAGCGGACGCUGAAUGUCUUCCUGGUGUGGCUGGACCCUCUGGUCAAACGCACACAGUACAAGGUUACGAUGCCUAAAGUGGGCUCAAUAUCUGAUCUGUGUGCAUCUCUGUCUGCUGUGUCCGGCGUUCCUGCCGAGAAGAUGAUUGUGACGGACAUUUACAACCACAGAUUUCAUCGAAUCUUUGCAGCCAAUGAGAACCUGAGCAGCAUUAUUGAUCGAGAUGACAUUUAUGUGUUUGAGGUUGCUGUGAACAGACAGGAGGAUACGGAUCAUGUGGUGAUUCCUGUUCAUCUGAAAGAAAAAUACAAGCAGUCUGGUUUCAACCACACCAGCACGCCGUUGUUCGGCCAACCCUUCCUGCUCGCUGUACCUCGAGUACUCGAUGAAGAUAACUUCUACAAUCUACUCCUGCGGUGGCUGUGUCGUUUCAUUCGCUCAGCUGUCGAGGAGGAGGAGGAGUCAGAGGAGACGGACUCCACCAAACAUCACUCGAUUAACGGCAACCUAACCAACGGCGUGAUCGAGGAAGGGUCGGCCAGUGAGAUGGAGACGGAUGAGCCGGACGAUGAGUCCAGUCAGGACCAGGAACUUCCCUCAGAGAAUGAAAACAGCCAAUCGGAGGACUCGGUCGGCUGCGACAACGAUCUGGAGAACGGCGUUGUCCCCGAGCACUCCUCCAAAGGCCAGCAAUUCACGAGCAACAGAAAGCGACUUUUCACAUUCCAGUUUAACAACAUGGGCAAAACCGACUUAAACUUCAUCAAAGGAGAGUCGCGGCAGAUACGAUUCGAUGAGGAUCACGUGCGGCUCAGCGAUAGAUGCUAUGUCUCAUUGGAAUGGGAACCAGAAAUGAAGAAAAAAUACUUCAAUGAAACGGCGGCGGAGGACUUUGAUAAGCAUGAGAGUAUGGAUUAUAAACCUCAGAAGAAAAGCUUUUUUAAAAUGAAAGACUGCAUUGAACUCUUCACUACCAAAGAGAAACUUGGAGUAGAAGAUCCAUGGUACUGUCCCACCUGCAAGCAACAUCAGCAAGCUACUAAGAAACUUGACCUGUGGUGUUUACCGCCGGUUCUGGUGGUCCAUUUGAAGCGCUUCUCCUACAGCCGCUACAUGAGGGACAAGCUGGACUCGCUCGUGGAUUUCCCACUGCGUGACCUCGAUAUGUCUGAGUUCCUCAUCAACCCCAACGCUGGGCCCUGUCGCUAUGACCUCAUCGCUGUGUCCAAUCACUACGGAGGAAUGGGAGGCGGCCACUACACCGCCUAUGCAAAGAACAAGGACGAUAACAAAUGGUACAACUUUGAUGACAGCAGCGUAUCUCCAGCCAAUGAGGACCAGAUAGUGUCUAAAGCGGCAUACGUGCUCUUUUACCAACGGCAGGACACCGUCAAAGGUACGGGCUACUUCGCGCUGGAUCGUGAGGAACCUGAUGAGAACGAAAGCCCAGCGCCACACGAGACCAUAGCUCGAAGUGAUGAAGAAGAGGAGGAGGAAGAUCUAAAUGACAAUGAGCAGGAGGAAGAUAGCGGCCCCAACCGAGAUGUUACCAUGAACACAAAUUAAGUGUAAAGGUCAAACGUGCAUCCAAAGCCAUAUCUACACUGACCGGCCUGCGUCUGGCUGAGCGAAGUGAUCGGACACUAUCGUGAGAAAGAGGAAAGAAACGGCUUGAUUUUCCUUCAAUAUGACAGGAGCCGCAUAUACGAGUGAUGAGAAGAGUUUUACGUGUACGUGUUGUUUUAUUUUGUAACACUGAACUGAAGGGUUUGGAGACGUUGAAAUGUCAAGCACUGCUGACCGCUCUCUUCUGCUCGGCACAAUCACUUCAUUUCUGCUGCAGUUUGUGAGUUUGUGCCUCGUGUCGCAUUGCCAGUUCACGUGUUUGAGAGUUAAGAGAGUUAAACUGCUGGUAAAUCGAGUCCUCUAGUUUAACACUGAGUGAGUUGAGUGAAGGUAUAAAAGCUUUUAUCUUCACACUUUAUGGUCAUGGGCGGCAAUUUUAUGAGAUGUUUUCAUUCACCUCAGCCUUAACUGUAAUCUCAGACUGUUGCCUUUUCUUUGCACCAUUCCCCACAUACUGUCUCUGAUCUCAGAUCAGCCAAACCCUCUCAUAUAUCCUGCCAAAUGUCUUCAUUCGACCUUUAAUUGUAGGUAGAGAGCAGUUUGUCGCUCUUGCCUGUGGUCGUGAUGAAUGUUUUCAGAUUGUAUAGCGGGUUGUUUCUUACGUGUGACGAUGGCAUACGCGAUGUGUUGGGCUGUAAGUGAGCGCUUUAGCUUUAUUAAUACUGUACAUAAGAGUUCACUCUGUGAGUGCACAUUUGAUAAAUUAAUUUAUUUAUAUGAAAGCAUUAAAAACAAACCUGAGAAGACCGAAUAUGAAUUGAAUGUGGCUUUGAGAAGUCUUGCCAAUGCUCUUCUGGAUUAUUAAGGAUACUGAAUCACACCUGUGGGGUUUUGUAAAUGAAAGUGGCGUCCUUGCACGAUACAGGGAUCUCCUUUAGCUGCACUUUUGAGUUCACUGUGGUUUACAUUUGAAAUGUGCAUGUGUAUUUAUAUACAGACUUCAAUAAAGUUGGGAAAGCCUCAA